AUGGACAUCAGUAAACCCCUCAAGUCCUCCGAAAAUUUUAAUUCUUUUGAAAAUUCACGUGAUUCAGUUUCAUCCUCCGGUUCAGAAGAUUUUAUCCUUUCCAUAGGUUCGCACGGUUAUUUUCUUAAUAACGGUUCCUCUGCGAACUGUUUUUGUGAUCAAUGUAGUGGCCGUCGUAUUCCGCUUUACACUUGUAAGGGUGAGAGUUGUAGAACUAAUCAAAAAUAUUAUUAUAGUCGAAAAUCUCGCAUAAAUUCUGAGAGUUCUAUUUCUUUUGAAAAGUCUUUAAUAAAUGAGUCAUCUGAUUCUGUCGUUGAUAAGGAUUUACCAGAAAUCUGGAGUAAUGCUUGUUCAGAAGCUCUUGAGAAUUUUCCAUAA